AUGAGGAUCCACACUGGAGAGAAACCACACACCUGUGAUCAAUGCGGGAAGAGUUUCUCAGAUAAAGGAAACUUUAAGAGACACAUGAGGGUCCACACUGGAGAAAGACCCUUCACCUGUGAUCAGUGUGGGAAUAGUUUUCCAAGUAAACGAAACCUCAAGAGUCACAUGAGGAUCCACACCGGAGAGAGACCUUACACCUGUGACCAAUGCGGGAAGAGUUUCACUCAGGCUUAUGCUCUGAAAACACACCUGCUCACUCAUAGUGAAGAAAAACCAUUUAACUGUGAUCAGUGUGGUAAAAAUUUCCGUUUGGCAUCAGUCCUGAAGAGACACCUGAUGGUUCACACAAAGGAGAAGACUCAUUUGUAAUAUAAGGAAGUCAUUUACUUCAAGAGCACCAGAAAAAAAACAACUUUCAACUUUUUAAGAGAGACUUGAAUCUAAUAUUAAUUUUUAACCAGUUCUUCAUUGUUUUUCAUCAGACUUGCUCUGCCACUUCUGCUCUUCCAUGAAAAUGCAAGAUAUACUUUCAUGUUGUUUUGCAACUGGCCACUUUGCUUCUCUUCUUGUCAAGUCACCUUUAUUUAUAUAGGGCUUUUAACAAUACCGAUUGUGUCAAAGCAGCUUUACAGUAUCAAAUAGGAAAAUAGUGUGUCAAUAAUGUAUCUAUCAAUAGUAUCUGUGCAAUCAAGUCGACGGUAUCGCUGGAAAUGAAGUGUCCCCAACUAAGCAAGCCAGAGGUGACAGCGGCGAAGGAACCAAAACUCCAUUGGUGACAGAAUGGAGGAAAAACCUUGGGAGAAACCAGGCUCAGUCGGGGGCCAGUUCUCCUCUGGCCAGACGAAACCUGCAGGUUGUUCAAUGCUGCAGCAAAGUCAGAUUGUGCAGAGGACUCAUCUGGUUCCCAUGGUCUUUUCCCGAUGGCUGUCUAGGUGACGAGGUUUUCACUGGGGAUCAGUCUCUGGGGCUCAUCUAGUUGUCCUGGUCUCUGCUGAUGUUCAGGGCUGUAGAGGUCAUCUCUAGGUGCUGAUCCACCAUCUGAUCUGGAUACGGACUGGAUCGGGUGGCUACGGUG